UCAAUCAUUUCUUCGCCUCUGUCAUAGUAGACCUGAAUGUCGUUGUUAAAUAAUCUAGAUUAGUUUUGAUAUAAACCUUCGAGAGUAAAUAGGAAUUUCAAAUUCGUGUUUACAGUUGUUGAAAAUGUACAAAAUUAAAAACAUUACCGUGCAGCUCUUUUUGAUAAUUGGAAUUACUGGAGUGAACAGUGCUGACUACUGGUUUCAACAAUGGGAUAAAGUUUUCGACGAAUUGGAUUCGUUUUUAGAUAAACCAACAGAAUUCCAAUUCGCAAGACCGGAUAAUAACUUUGAUGGGUACCAGAAUCAAUACAGUGAAGAUGUUCAAUUUUUGACAAAUGUCAUCAACCAAGUGCGAGAACAAACACAGAUUUUUGAAUUGCCGACGAGUGCCCAAGAAUAUAGACCAUUCAAUGAACACUUUGUGACAGAAUUGGAGUCCUACGACUUCAUCAUAAUUGGUGCUGGACCUGGAGGAAGUAUUCUGGCGAAUAGAUUAACAGAAGUACCGGAAUGGAAAGUGCUCCUGAUCGAAGCUGGCGGAUUGCCUGAUAAUGUAACUGACAUACCAAAUAUGUACUUUGAAGUAGAGUACACACAACAUAAUUGGGGAUUCCUUAGCACACCACAAAGUACGGCGUGUCUGGGUAUGACAGAUCGAAUAUGCCCAUUGGCCAGAGGAAGAGGUUUGGGAGGUACUACUCUCAUUAACGGCUUAGUAUAUGCAAGAGGCUCAAGCAUAGACUUCGACAGAUGGUCUGAACAAGUUGGAGAUUCAAGAUGGUCUUACUCGAGUGUUCUUCCCAUUUUCAAGAGAACCGAGAGAUUCGUCCACAGGGAUAAGGAAGCGCCAAUCUAUGAGCCAAUUCACGGUCGCAGUGGCUUCUUCAAUGUGGAACAUCAUCUCCCAAGGAGUCCUCAACUCAAUGCUUGGUUGAACGCACACAAAGAACUAGGAUAUCCCAUCACUGAUUACAAUGCGGGAACUGGGCUAGGAGCGGCACACGCACAGUUGAACACCAGAAACGGUAGAACUGAGGACGCUGGAACUAGUUUUCUAUUCCCUAUCUUGAGCAGACCGAAUUUAAAAAUCCUCCUCAACAGCUAUGUCACCAAAAUCCUGAUUGAUAAAAACAAAAGAGCCUACGGAGUUGUUUUCACACACGAACAUAAAGUAUAUGUUGUCAAAGCAUCAAAGGAAAUCAUACUGAGCGCAGGAGCUUUUCAAACCCCCCAAAUACUUAUGUUGUCUGGGAUUGGUCCUAGAAAUCAUUUAGAGACACUCGAUAUACCUGUAAAAAUGGAUUUGGAAGUUGGCAGCUCUCUCAUGGAUCACGCCUGUUACUAUGGUUUGAAUUUUUGGACCAAUUACACGGAACCCGUCCUUCCACUGGAACAUUAUGUUCAACAGUUCCUGCAAGGAGUUGGUCCGUUGGCUUCACCUGGGAAUAACCAUGGUGUAGCGUUUUAUGAGUCACAAUUUACGAGAGGCACUGGUUACCCAGACAUAGAAAUAAUGUUCAUUCCUUCAAAUGCCACCACAGACCUUUCGCAGAGAGCUUUCAGAUUGACUGAUCAAACAUAUGAAGACGUUUGGGCGUACAUCAACAGAAUCCAGUCCUUCGUACUCUACAUCAUCUCACUUCACUCGGACUCUAUCGGAACAGUAAGACUCGCAAGUAAGGAUCCCUUCGAAUAUCCUAUCAUAGAUAACAGGUUCCUUUCCGAUCCUCACGGAAGAGACAUAGAGAGAAUUUACGAAGGUAUCCAAAUCAUGCUGGACAUAGCAAAAACCAGGGCAAUGAAGAAACUUGGGACAACCAUACAAGGCGGUCCUUUGAGAGCCUGUAGCAGGCACAGAUAUCUCACAAAAGCGUACUGGUAUUGCGCUAUUCGCCAAAUGACGAUGAACAUUUACCAUCCAGUGGGAACAUGCCGAAUGGGUCCGUACCCGGAACGAGGUGACGUUGUGGAUCCCGAAUGUAAGGUACAUGGAGUGAAAGGCUUGCGUAUUUCCGAUGCCAGUGUUUUUCCGUUUCCUUUGGCUGGUCAUCCGACAGCAGCAGUUGUGUUAGUGGGAGAGAUGGUAUCUGAUUUUUUGAAGCAAGAGUAUUUGUAUGGUAGAUAUUGAGACUUGAUUAAAUAUUUAAAGUAACUGUAUCCAUGAUUACUCCUUCUGAAACCAUAUAUUCCUCAAAUUUCUGAAUAAAGACCAAGUUUUUUCUCAAGAA